AAAAAAAAAACCAGAAACUGUUACUUUCUUGCAAAGUCGUUCUCAUCUGAAUAUCCAAAAAAAAAAAAACCUUCAAAAGGAUCGGUUCAGUGUUAACUUUGUUACAUUCUGUUCCUUUUUCCUCGGUUUUUGUUGAAGCUAAUUUUUUUUCUCUUUCUUUGAAAGUAUAAAACAAAGGUACCUUAUUUUGAAAACUAUGAUAUGGGUUUUGUUCAUUUUCAUAAGAAAAUAAGUGGGUUUUAUGAAAGAUGUGAUUUUUGUUGAAUUUUGAAAAAAGGGUUUUCAGGGUAUACCCUUUUUUAUAUCUCUGUUGAUUUUUCUCGAGCUGGGUUUUUUUUUCGGUUAUUUUUUGGGUGGUGUUUGUGAAAUUUGCUUCAUUAUGGUUGCAAUGGUUUUUGUACAUUUGUGCUGAGGAAUCUGUAUAAGAAUUGUUUCCUUGAUGACAGAUUCAUGUGUUGAUGUACCAAUUAUUUGUGAAGUAACAAUGUCACAUGUUAAUGAACUAAGAAGACACUCUUCUGGAAAAAUUAAUUCUAGAAACAAUGAAAAAAAAAUUGUUCCUAAUUAUCUAAGAGCUUCAACUGGCUCAUGUCAUGAUGUUUGCAAAUAUGGAAGGAAGAAUUCUAUGGAAGAAAAGAAAAUAAGUUCCAUACCUAACCGUGCCGAAAGAAAACAGCUUUACAUAAGUUCACAAAAGAGCAUUGGUGAAAAAAGGAGACAAGAAAUUUCAUCAUGUUCUAAGAUGGAUGCAAAAUCGAAACCGAUUUCAAAGAGGGUGGAAGCUUCAACAAUAUCAAGUUCCAAGAAGGAGAAACCUCUAUUGAAAUCAACCUCUGAAAGGGUGGAAACUCGUCUAAUAUCAACUUCUCAGAUAACCAAAACUUUGUCGAAAGCCAAUUCCAAGAAGACACGAACUUCAUUGAAGUUGUCUUCUUUCGAAGAUAAAGAAAUGAACUUGUUUGAAAAGCAUGUGACUUCAAAGAAUACGGAUUCUUGCAAAGUAGCUUCACCUUUAAAAGCUUCCUUGUCGUCGAAGUCUUCUUGCAAAAGAGUUGAACCUGAGGCCGAGGAAGACUACAAUGAGGUUGAGGAAAAGACUUUGUAUAUCAUCACGAUAGAAAGUGAAGACCAUACAUUUCAAUCUCAGUCAUUGUCAUCAUCAAAGUUUUCAUCUUCGUCGAUUUCACAAUCUUCGUCCCAAGAAGAUCGAGAGGAAUAUGAAUACGAAAUAAGAGAAUUUGAGGAGGAUUCUUGUGUACAAAACAAUGAAAAAGAAUACAAGGAAAAUUUGGAUUUGGAAGUUGAGGAGAAUAUGAAGCCUCACAAGGAUGUGAAUGUAGAUUUUGGAGACAAGGAUUGUAAGAAUUUAAAGGAAAAUUUGAUUGAAACUCAAAUUGAGAAAACUAGUCCAGUGAGGUUUAAGGGUGAUGAUGAUGAAAAUGUUGCUAUAAAUGAUCAUGAAAAGGUUGUUUUGAGACACCAAGAUGUGAAUGGAAAGGAAGAUGGAAAAGAAUGUUUAAAUGAUGUGAUUGAGGAUACAAGUAAAUUGGUUGAAACUCAGAAGGUUAAUGUGAAAGCUUUGGUUGGUGCAUUUGAAACUUUAAUUUCUCUCCAUGAGAAAAAAAACUUAUGGUAACACUUUCUAUUUAUAUUGAGAUUAGAUAUUUUCUAGUCUUUCAUUUAGUGUAUGUUUGGAUUGACAAUAAUUUGAUAGACUUAUAGUCUGUCACCGUGGUUUCGAUAAAAACUACACUUUGAAGUUUCAACAAUAUCAAAGUGCUAACCUGGUUUCGUCAAACUCACUUGAUUCCAAACAUUUACUUGCUUAGUAAUAAAGAGAUGAUAUAUAGGGUAAUAUACCAAAGCUUGUGAGAAUAGAUGUGAGUCUAGAUAGAUUUGCCUUGUUUGAUGAAGAUGAGUUAGAGUUGAAAGAGGGAUCUUUGUAUUCAUUCUUCACCACUCAUCAUGAAUUUCAUCAUUUCAUUUACUUUGAGUAUACAUGAAUUAUUCUGUAUUUGAAUUCUUAUCUUUUGAAUAAAACAAUGAUGAUAUGUACAA